AGAGAGAGGGCGAGGGAGGGCGAGUCCCAUAGAGUCACAGAGAGAGAGAGAGAGAGUUCAUGUUGUUCAGAACAUGCUGUGACAUCAUCGUGACAUCAUGAGUGGACACACGGACAGGUCUGGAGAAGUUCCAGAUUCCCCAAACAUCCAGGACCUGGAGCUCAGGGAGGAGUGGCAAGACGAUGGCUUUCCCAGGCCCCUCCCAGAGGAUUGUGGCAGUCCAGGGGCAGACAGCCAAUCAGAAGCUCCACCCACCACCCUCACUCUCUCAGGUAUGGCUGUGGGAGGAGCUAAGAAGCGUCUGGUGGCGCCGUCUCUCAGCCUGACGUUGAAUCGCAAAGAUUCUCGCGAUCCAAGUGCCGACAGUUUCUCUGCUGCCGCCUUGUCUGCGACGCCCGACGACACUGAGGACACGCCCUCUCUGGACAUCAACCUGGAGGCGCUGGAGACGCCGUCGGGCAGCGAGACGGGGACACUGCCGGACAAUGGCGAGCUGGAGUGGGAUGAUGACCUCCCCCGUGUGGGAAGGGGCGGGGCUGUGGGCGUGGCCAGAAGCCCAGUGGAGCAGUCAGAGAGUUUCAUGGGUAUGGACCAGGUGGACAGCAGGGGGCGCCGCUGGAGAAGGUUCAGUGUUUUGGGACACGAAUACAACGUGGACAUGAGCGUCCUGGAGCCGUACCUGCAGGUCCUGUCCCACGGAGGUUACUAUGGCGACGGGAUGAAUGCCAUCAUCCUGUUCACCUCCUGCUACCUGCCCGAAAACACGGUGGACAACUAUGAGUAUGUGAUGGACAACCUGUUCAGGUACAUUGUGGGGACGUUGGACCUCAUGGUCUCAGAGAACUACCUGCUGGUCUACUUGUGUGCGAUGGCUCCCAGAAACAAACUGCCGGCCAUCAAAUGGCUGCAUCAGUGCUACAUGUCCAUCGACAGGAGACUGAAGAAGGACCUGAAGGCUCUGCUGGUCGUCCAUCCAGCCUGGUACAUCAGAGCUCUGAUCACUGUGGUCAAACCCUUCAUCAGUGAAAAGUUCAGCAGGAAAAUCCGCUUUGUUCAAAAUCUUCAUCAACUUUCAACGAUGAUUCCGACAGAAAGACUUCAGAUCCCUGAGACUGUCCUCAUGUUUGAUGAAAAGUUGACUCGAUGACAAACUCGGAGGUGGAUGGAUUCAGUGGCUCGUUGAGGUUCAAACUGUAAAUAAACUUUUAAACUGUU